GCUUUCAGACUGGGUGCAAACAGAGUACAGUGACUAAUCCAGGCGUGUUUCAACAGAUGGUUAGAUCUGGCCUAAUUCAGUCAUCGCAGUUGAAUGAGGUUGAGAGGAGAAGCCAUUGAGAUCCCUUUUCGGAGCUGUGUGGUCUCAGCUUGCUGGCAUUGUUAAGGGGUCCCUUCCUGAGCAGCCCUGUGUCCCAGAAAUGAGAGAAGACUGACUGAUAAAGGUGGACACAAAUCUUUGCCAGACGAGCAUACUGGCUGCCAUAGGUUAGCAGCAGCAGCACGACCGCAUCCCCUCUUAUGUUUCAAGAUAUAGAAGCUGAAGUUACAGGUAAACUGGGUGGGUCAUCAAAAUCUCAGAAGGGUGCUUCAUUCCGCAUUCAGCAAAUUCUUUCCAAAUAGACUGCGCCCAUUGGACUACAGAAAAUUUCCAGGGUAUUGAAUCUUGGGAAUUCACCACACAAGAGGACUCUGAAGGAGAUCAUCAAAACCCAGUAAGCAAGGAGAGAAGACAUCUUCCCCAUCUCUCAGGCAAGGACAGAAAAUAGAUAAAGGAAGGAUUUACUGGAAGGUCGCAAGAACUCAAGCGAGACAAAAUGUUACAGUCAAGGCUUGCCCUUGGAUGGAUUGUGUUAGGUGUCACGGUUUUUAUGAGUCCCGGUUCUGCUCUCCUUUCUCAACGAUUGAAAGGCCGCUUUCAGCGAGACCGCAGGAAUAUCAGACCAAAUAUCAUCCUUAUUUACACUGAUGAUCAGGAUGUGGAGCUUGGAUCCUUGGAAGUGAUGAACAAGACAAGACGGAUCAUGGAACAAGGAGGAGCUCAUUUUACAAACGCUUUUGUGACAACACCCAUGUGCUGCCCUUCAAGAUCAUCCAUGUUGACAGGGAAAUACGUCCACAACCACAACACCUACACCAACAAUGAGAACUGCUCAUCCUCUUCCUGGCAGGCUACACAUGAACAGCGUACAUUUGCUGUGUAUCUGAACAGCACUGGUUAUAGGACAGCAUUCUUUGGAAAAUACCUGAAUGAAUACAAUGGCAGCUACAUUCCACCUGGUUGGCGCGAGUGGGUUGGAUUAAUAAAGAACUCGCGAUUCUACAAUUAUACACUUAAUAGAAAUGGUGUAAAGGAAAAGCAUGGAUUUGACUAUUCAAAGGAUUACCUAACAGACUUGAUGACAAAUGACAGCAUCAAUUACUUUAAAUCAUCCAAGAAGAUUUAUCCACAUAGACCAGUUAUGCUGCUGAUCAGUCAUGCAGCACCCCACGGCCCUGAAGAUUCAGCCCCACAAUUCUCCCACCUUUUUCCAAAUGCUUCCCAGCAUAUCACUCCGAGCUAUAAUUAUGCUCCUAAUCCAGACAAACAUUGGAUCAUGAGGUACACUGGCCCAAUGAAACCCAUUCACAUGGAAUUUACUAACAUGCUACAGAGGAAGAGACUGCAGACCUUGAUGUCAGUGGAUGAAUCAAUUGAAAGGCUCUACAAUAUGCUUGUUGAAUUGGGUGAAGUGGACAACACCUACAUCAUUUACACAGCAGACCAUGGCUAUCACAUUGGACAGUUUGGCCUUGUGAAAGGAAAAUCUAUGCCGUAUGAGUUUGACAUCCGAGUGCCAUUUUUCAUGCGGGGACCAAAUGUGGAACCAGGAUCAAUCAUUCCUCAAAUCGUUUUAAACAUAGACCUCGCACCGACAAUUUUAGAUAUUGCAGGUCUAGAUAUUCCAGCUGACAUGGAUGGCAAAUCCAUUCUGAAACUGUUAGACACUGAGAAACCUGUCAACAGGUUCAACUCAAACAAGAAAACCAAGGUCUGGCGAGAUUCAUUUCUUGUGGAAAGAGGUAAACUACUCCACAAAAGAGAUGAAACUAAAAACACUCAAGAAGAAAAUUUCCUACCCAAAUAUGAAAGAGUAAAAGAUCUUUGCCAGAAGGCAGAAUACCAGACACCCUGUGAGCAAAUUGGUCAGAAAUGGCAGUGCGUGGAGGAUGUCACAGGAAAGCUUCGACUUCAUAAGUGCAAAAGAGUAGCUGACGCUGCAGCCGCUGACAAGAAGAGCUCUGGGCGAAUUCAGUCCAAAUACUACGACUCCAAUGGGCAAGACUGCGAUUGUGAGCAGAAUGGGUACAAACUGAGCCCAGCUGUCCGACAGAAACAGAAACUUUUCUCCAAGCGAAAAUUUAAGCAAAGCUAUAUACGAAAUCGGUCAGUCCGAUCCGUAUCCAUUGAACUUGAGGGAGAAGUUUAUGAUCUGGAUCUAGAUGAGGGAUUUGAUCCUGUUUUGCCAAAGCGACACGAUGUAGCAGAUGAGGAUGAAGAAAACAUGGGUGAAAGCAGUGGCACUGGCAAUAGCAAUGAAUUAAUUGUACCUUCUUCAAUUAAAGUUACACAUAAGUGCUUCAUAUUGGCCAAUGACACUGUUCAGUGCGAUGGUGAUCUAUACAAAUCACUUCAAGCAUGGAAGGAUCACAAACUACACAUUGACCAUGAGAUUGAAACCCUCCAAACCAAAAUAAAGAACUUACGAGAGGUCAGGGGUCACUUGAAAAAAAAGAGGCCAGAAGAAUGUGACUGUUCAAGGAUGAGUUUUCCCUCUAAGCAUAAGGGAAUGAAAGGAAAGCUCAAGCACAAAGGAGCUAAUCAUCCCUUCAAGAAAGGAGGCCAGGAAAGAAGUGAGAAUGCUUGGAUGUUUAAGGAUGAAAGAAAAAGAAAGAAGAUACGAAAAAUGCUGAAGAGACUGAGAAACAAUGACACGUGCAGUAUGCCUGGCCUUACUUGUUUCACACAUGACAACCAGCACUGGCAGUCACCCCCAUUCUGGACAUUGGGACCUUUCUGUGCAUGUACCAGUGCAAAUAACAACACCUACUGGUGCUUGAGGACAUUCAAUGAGACCCACAACUUCCUGUUCUGUGAGUUUGCGACUGGUUUCCUGGAGUACUUUGAUCUCAACACAGACCCUUACCAGCUGAUGAAUGCAGUGAACACAUUAGAUCGAGAUGUUUUGAACCAGCUGCAUGUUCAGCUAAUGGAAUUACGAACCUGCCGUGGUUUUAAGAAGUGUAACCCACGGACCAGGAAUAUGGACACAGGAUUGACCAUUAUGACUGAACAAAGGUCUGAGUUCAUAUCUGGAGGAAAAGAUGAAGAGAAGUUUGAUCAAUACAGGCAAUAUCAGCGUCGGAAAUGGCCUAAAACGAAGAGACCAAACUCCAAGUCCCUAGGACAACUCUGGGAAGGAUGGGAAGGUUAGACUCUGGACGAUGAUGACUUCAUCAACAACAUCAACUGGUGACAACUUGAAAGUCCAUACUGACAGGAUGGUAAUCCUGUAUGAUCAUGGACUGAAUUUCAUUUUUAGCCUUGAAGAUUGGAUAAACUAUGGGGCUUAUGUAGAUAGAAGGUUCACACUGCUGGGGAAAUUCAAUGAAAACAAACUCUCAAGGGCCAAUUAUGUAAAUGAGAGUGGAAAGUCUCUUCCAUUGAUUAUUAGCCUAUUUGCUCAAAGCAUUCCAUCCUUUGUUCUCAAGCCAUCAUUUCAGCAUACCAUAUUAUUGAAAUACAGUAAACGAGCGAUUCUACAGUCAUGGAGGAGAGAGGUGAUUUAUUUUUCGUGGAUCACUGGAGUUAUUGGAUACUUACCAGUGCAAGUUGUAAUUUGUUGGUAAUGAAGUCAUGCAAGUUUCAGCCACUGCCAAUGGGUCUUUGAGAAGAAUCAACCAGUUAAGACCAAUUUGGACGACUGGAUCAAAUAUCAAUGGCAAUGCAGGAGAGAUAAAUGGAAAUGAGUAUCACAGAACAAGGUGAAAUAACUGGAGAAGAUCUUAUAGAAUAUGACUUUUGGUUUGAACAGAAAAGGAACUGAAUGCUUUAAUAGUGCAUAAUGAUUUUAGCAAUUACCAGCAUAAUUCUGAGAAUUCUGCUUUGUUGCCAUGAUAGUGUGUUCAUUCAGUUUAAGCCCUCUAUUUCUAUACACCUUUGAAAUACAUACAUUUAAGGGAGAGCAGCUUCUGUACAAUAAGUAAAAUUAUAUUUGUAAAUAUUUACUGCAUUUAUAUCCAUCAAUGAAGUUCAUUCAAGUGAAAAAGAAUUUAAGUAAUACAAUUUGGAAUGUCCAGCUACAUGUAAUGUCAGGAAUUCAAUUACAUUUUAAAAUUAGCUCUUUGACUUAUCUAAUUGUUAAUAAGUUUUAAUAUCUUGUUCCGUGUUGAAUUAAGUUCCAUAAGUUCAGCUGUAAUGCUUUCAUUGAAACUUGACUUUACAUAAAUGAUGAAAUGAAAAUCUGGAUUUUUCUUCUUUUAAAAAAGGAAAGCAUAAAAUUUAUCUCUGGCACUGGAUGCACAAUAUCGUUACAAUUGUGUGUUAUAACCCUCUUCCAAAUUACAGUAGUUUCUAUUGGCUGUGUUGGAUUUCUAGCCUAAUUUUUUUCAUUUAGGUAUAAGUAAAAAUGAAUCAUUUGCUAUGAAAUAAACCAUAGACUAAGAAAUUUAACACUCCUUUGUUGUAUACAGAUUAAUCUAACAGAAUAAAAUUGGAUCAGUUAGCGUUUCCAAAUAGUCUGAAGUUGGAAUGUCAGGUAAUCCUUAACUGAACGAAAUCAUAUGCAUAGGAAUACAGCAUAUUUCCCAUCACCAACUUUCUACAUCCUAUCCACAAUGCAGUCUACUCUGCCUCCAAAAUUCAGUUCCAAGCCAGAGUGGAAGAUGCUGGCACCACAAUAGCACAGUUACUGAGGGUGACUGGAGAUGAAUUUAUAAAUAACAAUCUAAAAAUGGGUACAAUCAAUUAUGAUCUAGCAGACUAAGUGAAAAUUUACCUUUUUUUUUAAUGUUCUAACAUGAAGCACAAAACAAAGUUGAUGUGGUUUACAAUUUGCUUGCUUUUUCAAAUGAAAAUGUGUAAUUCUUUUCAAGGGACAUUUUUGAUACACAAGUUAUGGAGAAUUAUUAAUCCAGUAAAUGAAUCAUUCCAGACUGUAAAUAGUUACUUUAAAAAAAACUGUGUGCAUUGUUAGUAAGAUUGCAUUAAUUGCAACAUUGUUUAUAAAAUAAUUUGUCAUCAAAGUAGGUUACUAUCGGAAUAUAUAAAUGAACGGCUAGUUCAAAAUCUAAUGAGUGAAUUGAAUAAUCCCUGCCUCAAACUGAAAUGCACUCUUUGAAAUGAGCAAGCACCAAAGAAAAGACCACAGUAUUAAAAUCUCUCCAACUCGCCAUACCUUUGUGUGCUGGUCCCUACAGAUCAUUCAACUAUUGCUAAAGUUAUCUAGAAUAUGUUGUAAAAUUUGCCCUUUAACAUUUCUUACAGAUAUAAUAUGAAUUUUGAGAAACAUUGUUGCAUAUGAUGCAGUUGUACAAACAAGUUGUUGUUAUUAUGAGGUGUUUGUCCGAGCUUGUGUAUUAAUAUUUUAAUUCUUUCAGGCAUUUUAAACAAGAAUAGAAUAUCUGAUUUUGUAAUUGUAACUUUCUCACAUUAGUGUUGAAACAGUCUGUAAUCUUCGGACUGCUGAAACGACGUCGACAACAAACAUCAGUUACAAGACUAAAAACCUUUUUAAAAUACUAUUAAAAUUUUACUGUGAUGUGUUAAAUAAGUGUCUGUCUAUA